CCGCGCCCGACACGCUCCGCGUCUCGCGCCGAAACAUGCCCAGGUACAGAUCUUCCAAGUUAGGACAUGUACAAGCUAACCAAAGGCAUCAAGAAGAAAGUUAAGGGCAAGAAAAAACCCACCGAGGAGGAGCUCGAGCAGGAAGAGCUACGCCAAUAUCGUCUUGAAAAGCAGCGAGAGCGGGAGCAAAAGGAACAGGAGCAGAGAGAGCAGGCGCAGACCGAAGAGAGUGGCGAGGACCAGGAGGAAACAGAGGCGGCAGACCCAAACGCUGAGUCCAGCCAGCGGCAGGAGAAGUCGGCGCCCGAGUCGGACGAGUGGGCUAAAUUUCGUGCUCUCACCUCUGGUGUUGACUCGGUCCUAAGCACCACCAAAGAGAGUCUUCAGACCAUCAAGGAGACCAGCUAUUUUAUCAGGAAGAAGGCCGCAAAGGAUCCCGAAGAAGGCAAGAGAGACGAGAAGCCGGCUGUUGCCGUCGCUAGCAAGCCAAAAUGGGUAGACGUUGACGCGGGGGAAGAGGAAGAGGAAGCUGAAGAACCAGCCGCAGAGCCUGUAACAGCGCCGGUUGAAGAGCCCCCAAGAUCACCGACACCUGAAAAGGUCGACUUAGAAUUGGUGUUAUCCGAGGUUGAGAAGCUCGAGCGUGCCCAGUAUUUCGAGGAGGACGUGUUCAACACCGAGUACGUGGACGCGGUCACCAGCGGUGAUAUCAACUUCGCUGUUAUACCGGAUAGCCCGACCGAGGAGGGAGACGAUCCGUUUGACACUUCGGUAGUCGAUCAGGUGCUCCGCGAGACGCCAGAGCAGCAGAAAAGGAAUAAACUAAAGGCGAUCAAGCUAGGCAAGGCCGUUCAACUCUUGAGUGGAGCUCAGGAGGACGCUGAGAAGCCCGAGGAGGCGGAAGGCCCCGCUGAGGCUCCGAGCGCCCCGGGCCCUCACAGUCAGCUGCCGGCCGACGAGGAUUUCGACCCGUUCGACACGUCCGCCGCCGACCAGUUCGGCCACACGGAGUUGCGCGUGCUCGAGAGCGAGCUAAUCGGCGAGCUGUCGCCCGUAACGCUCGACCCGUUCGACACGUCGAUCGCUGAGCGAUACGGCACAACCGAGCUGCGCGUGCUCGAGCGCGAGUUCGCCGCCGCCGACGCGAGCCCAACGUCGGUGCUGAAGCGCUCCGUCAGUGAUCCCGACUUUGACCCGCGCGGCGACGAGAAGGUUGCGCGCCCCGAGACGCCGCAGCUGGGGGUGAAUCUGCUGGACUCGCAGCUGGGUGGCGGCCACCUGGUGCCGGUCCUGGCCGCCAGCGCCGUGUCGGAGACGGCGGACGAGGCCGAGCUUGCCGACCCGUUCGACACGAGCAUCGCCGACAGCCUGCUGCCGGGCCAGGCUGAGCUCCAGGUGCUCGAGCGUGAGCUGCUCCAGUCGUGA